UCAGCUUGGUGACGCGCUCUCUCACUGUACAGGAGGGCUGGAGAUAAAAGGACCGACACAUACUACUCCUGCUAUUUGUUACAUUGAAUUACUCUGCUGCUCACAAAGAGACGAGGAGGCACACUUCACCUACAGAGGGGACUAAAAAACAGAGAGGACUAAAAAACAGAGAGGACGGAUUAACUGAAAAUAUGACACGAGACUUCUUUUAGCGAGACCGAGGCCACUAACACCGUCCCGUACUCACCCGGCUCUUUUCGCCUUUGUUUUCGGUGUAAAACAUCGGCUCUGUCAGCAUUUACCGGCCACUCACUUCUCACGCCUUACCUUUUGACACGGGUUGUCCCCGUUUUACUCACGGUGGGACAUUUUACCGGGGAGAAAGAACAGCCUCAACUUUACCGUGUGCCGCAAAGCUUACUCUGAAAUCAAAGAAAAGUGGUAGCAGCCCUCAGACAGAUGGGGCUUGUCAUUUGGAUGUUCCAGGAUACUUCGUAGUGAGUGGGAUGUUAGAGCUCUGGAAGCAGGACUGACUGAAGGAGCAUGGUGAAACACCAACCCCUCCAGGUCUAUGAGCGCCAACUGUGUUUGUCAUGUAUCACUGGGAUAUACGGUUGCCGCUGGAAACGCUAUCAACGUUCCCAUGAUGACACCACCAAGUGGGAGCUGCUGUGGUCCAUGAUCCUCCUCUUUACCUUCUGUCUGCUGCUGGUCUGGUUCUACUUCUGGUGGGAGGCACAUAACGACUACAAUGAGUUCAACUGGUUCCUCUACAACCGCUCUGGGGAGUGGAGUGAUGCCACUGUUCCCAUCCUGGCCACCACCGCUGCUGGCUUCACCUACAUUGCAUUUUUAAUGGUUUUAGCACUUUGCCACAUAGCACUUGGGCAACAGUUGAAUUUGCACUGGCUCCAUAAGAUAGGAGUGACUGCUGCUCUGCUCACCACCAUUGUUGGGGUGAUAUCUGUCAAUCAAACAUGGGGGCAAGAGUGGGACAUCAUCCCCAUCUCCCUGCAGGCCACAGGUCCGUUCCUGCACAUUGGGGCUCUUGCUGCGGUCACAGCGCUGUCUUGGAUUGUGGCUGGACAGGUCGCGCGCUCAGAAAAAACAAUGCUCCAGGUGGUGGUCGUGCUGCUGUAUCUCAGUGUGUUACUGGCACUCUAUGUGGUGCCCCUGCGCAUCACCUCCCCCUGCAUCAUGGACCCCGCCACUCUCACGCAACGCCCCAAUGUCAUUGGCCACCAGGGAGCUCCCAUGCUUGCUCCGGAGAACACACUGUGGUCCUUCCAGCGAGCUCUGCAGAUGAACGUCACUGGGUUGGAGGCUGACGUGGCUAUCAGUGUGGAUGGAGUGCCUUUCCUGAUGCAUGACCACACCCUGCAGCGGACCACAGACGUAGAGAAGGUUUUCACAGACAGACAGUUGGAUGAUGCCUCAAACUUCAAUUGGACAGAUCUGCAGCAGCUCAACGCAGGACAGUGGUUCCUUAAGGAUGACCCCUUCUGGACGGUGCACACCCUGUCCCCCCACGAGAAGGAUCUGAUUGCCAACCAGAGUGUGUGCAGCCUGGAGCAGCUUCUAAAGCUGGCUUCCUAUCAUAACAGCACAGUGGUCUUCAGGCUGAGGAGACCACCUCCGGAGCACCCCUGCUACCACAGCUGGAUCAACGAUACACUGCAGGCUGUGCAGCAAUCUGGAGUCCCUCAGAGCCUGGUGAUGUGGACUCCAGAUGAACACAGAGCGCUGGUGAGACAGCUGGCACCCGGUCUGAUCCAGACCUCAGUGGAGAAACGGAGUCCUCAAAGUCUCCAUCAGUUUGGUAUUAGCAGGCUGCUGCUCAGAUACAACCAGGCCAGCACAUGGGAAAUCAGAGACUUCUCUGAGAACAACACCAACCUCACCCUUUACACCAUCAACGAGCCCUGGCUGUACUCGGUGCUCUGGUGCAGCGGGGUGUCUUCAGUCUCCUCAGAUGCCCCACAUAUCCUCAAUAAGGUGCCUUACCCCAUCUGGCUCAUGAGACCAGAUAAAUACUGCCUGAUGUGGGUGUCUGCAGACCUCAUCUCCUUUGCUGUAGUCAUAGGAAUAUUCAUUUUCCAAAACUAUCACAUGAUCAGGUAUCGGAUGAGCGGUAUGCGCAGCUACAACCCUGAACAGAUCAUGCUGAGCGCCGCAGUCAGGAGGUCCAGCAGAGACAUCAACGUUAUGAAGGAGAAACUGAUCUUCUCUGAGGUGGGGAAUGGAGUUGGCAGCGCUGAGGAGCUGUAUGCGGACAAUGGCUACGACUACUACACCAAUCGGGGCAUUAGCCAGUGAUUGGGACUGUGUGAAUCUGCUGUAGCGACACAGAGGUGACAACAAUCAGUGUUCACAUCAUUCCUGUUUUUAGUCAGUGUGAAGUCUGUCCUCCUCCUCUGUCCUACUGAUGAAGUGACAGACUGCUGUAUCUGAUGGAGAAAAAAACCACCCAGUUGCUUUGUGUACAUUCUGUAAAUAGUUUGGUUUUUCGCCUGUCAGACAUACUGUAUAUCAUACGGGACUACACGCACUUUUCAUCAAUGAAAUUUGCCAAAUCAGUGGCCUCCUUUCUCACAUCUAAAUGUCCGAGAGGCCCCUCUGAGUUACCAAUGCCUGCUUCUUUUUAAAGACGUGUUUCGAGAUUCUUUAUUAUUUUAAGCUAAUUUUCCAAAGCAGUUCCUUGUUUUUAACCACUGUACAUGAUAUUCUUCUCUUAGCAGAUGAAUUUCUUUUUAACAAGGCUUUUUAUAAGGCUUCGUUGCAGCAUGAGACUAAACACUCAAACAAACAGCUCUUUAUGCUCCUGCCUUCUGUCAGCGCGCCACUAUGCUGUUGUUCAUAAUAGUAUUAAUAUUUAUAUUUAAAGAGAAAAACACAAACAAACUGUUUACAGGAGUCCUGCCUUCUCCUCCAAGUGAAAUAUUCACAUGGUAUAUGUAAGAUAAUUAUUUUGAUAGAGGCUGAAUGCCCCCCCUCCUACUUUUGACCAGUGCAUAUAACUGUAAUGAUCAUCUCAACUGAUGUGUGUGAGCUGUGCUCCCAGUGUCACCAGAGGAACUGGAGAAAAUGGUUUGGGGGGUGAACAUUUGUGCUGUCUUUUUAUGGUUAAUGUGAAUGUGUUUGCAUUAUUGUCCUUUUUUUAUUAUUUAAAGAUGUGUAUUGUGUGUAUUCUGGCCGGGUACAUAUUUGUUACCCUGUGUGCAGUGCUAUGUUGAGUGUGUUAUUGUACAUACAAGGUGAACCGAUGUGUGAGAUGCUCCAGCCAACUAAGAAUUCUAGUUGAACAAUGUGACAGUGAUGAACAGUUUAAUAAUUAAUAACAAUAGCAAUAGUCCGGUCUUGAUGGAAGUAAUUUCACUUCCAACACAGCCUCUGAAUUGCAGUUAAGUCUGUGGUAUUUUAGUGUUGACGUACACAAUGCAUCUAAAUGUUGGCUGCUGUUGGUGUAAAACUGAAUGCUGUAAGGUUAAUGAAGUGGGUGCUAAAUGUGAAAACAAAGCUCUAAGCUAAUUGAAGGGACGCUCGAGGUAUCACAACAGGCAGCACAAGGUCAAGAAAUUGAUUGCCUUUUGUGUUUUUCUUUCUUUGGCUUUGACUGUGCCUCAGAAAUAAACAUUAAAAAAUCUUCUAAUAUGA